UCUGGCGCUGGUGGAGGUCGGACCGCGCGCUGUCGCCUCGUCAGUGCCGCGGGACUGGUAGAGGAUAACUACGUUGUGUCUGCACCAUGCUCAAGCACGUACACUCGUCAACAACAACCCUGUCUCCGUUCCGCUGCAUCAAGCCGCAAGCCAACGAUGCGCUGAGCCUCAACAGCAGCGUGAGCUUCGGCAGUGGAGGCGCCGAGCAGCUGUCGUCGCGGUCAUCGAGCACGAGCAGUCUGCACGAGGCGCUGCCGCCCAGGAAGAGGUCUCCUAUGCGAUCCGGAGAAGAUGAGCUGACAAUGGUGAAGGUGUACGCGCGUGUGCUCUGCGCCGACAUGGAGUACAAAACGCUGAGCAUCGACGCGAGCGCCUCCAGCUCCGAUGUGGUGCGGCUGCUGCUGAGCAAGUUCAAGAUGAAGCACCGGGACCCCAAUCUCUUCUACCUCACCAUGGAGGUGUGGGUGCGCAAAACGGGCAUCCCCAUUCGAACCAUCAUGGUUCUGGACGACGAGGCGCGCCCCGUGGAGCUGCAGUCGUGUCACCCCAAGGGCGAUUCCAAAUUUCUCCUUCAAAUGAGGCGAGGAGGCCUGGUCAAAGUUUACGACAGCUGUUUAAUGGCAGGUUCCCUGUACAAGAGCCUGCUGGUAUCAGAACGGACAACAGCGGAAGAAGUGGUUCAGCUUGUCCUUCACUGCUACAACUCCAGUGACCGAGGAUCCAAGUACUCUCUCUACGAAGUGUGCCCCAUCAAAAGUUAUGAAAGAGCACUCCACUCUAAUGAGCUUCCCCUGAGGAUCCAGCAGAACUGGCCAUCUCCAGAGCAUUUUGCCUUCCACCUCAGACGGAAUCAGGAGGGCACACAUCAGAAACGCCAGCUACCUUGGACAUGCCAAACAGACAUGACUGGUCAUCUCAAUUUUCGCCUCAACGUUUCAAGGAACGAGUUAAGUCCAGCAGCUAUUCAUUCACCUACAUUGAAGCCAUCGUACAACAACUAUGAGAACUGCUUUUACAUCUGAAAUUCAGUAGUGUGAUGUAUCAUCAUGAGAAAAGCAAAAUGUGUGCUUGAAACACAACCAAUAUGACAUGUGGAGAAGCAGCAAAUGUCAAAUCAUGGGCUUUUUCAUGUAAUAUAAGUGCUUUGGCCAGCAUUGUUGAUUUUGUUGAAAUGUGCACAAUAAAUCAUUUCACAUAGUCUAUGGCACCUGUCCACAAGUCCAAAAGCCAAGACAGACAUUACUUCUGUACCAACCAGUGUCCAUCAUGCUGCAGAGAGAGCAUUCAAUAUUGUCAUUUUCUGCGACUAUAACAAGUGCACUAGGUUUGGAGGUGCAAGAUCUUUAUACUGAAUUCAUGUAGGCACAAGGGCUGUCUAGCUUGUAAAUCGGUUUCCAAACUUGUAACUGUUCUUCCUGAAUAUGUCUGAAGAUAGAGAGGGUCUGCUGUUGGCAGUGGUUUGCUUUGUCGUAGCAGUACAGCUUUCUUUUGCAUUUUGCAGAUCGAGAUGUAGAUGUGUGCAAUUAAUUCUCUCAUGGCAUGGUCUGCUGUUUGAAGAUGUUCAUUUUGCUUGUAUAAUAUCAUUGACCAAAGACAUGUGCUUAGCAUUCUGGUAAAAGGCCACAUUCAAAGAGUCACUGGCAAGCUGCUGAGUGUAACAAUGAAAAGAACUGUUAUUUGGGCAUGUUUUGGCAAAAAAAUAAAUAGGAAUGUCUUCUCCUACCAUGUGGCCACAUCGACAUGUAUGCCAGUGAAUGAUGUGGCUCCAGAAAUGUUUGCUCAUGGUUGCCAGAGCAUAUAUAUAUAUAUCACAUUCAUGUAAUAUAUCACACAGUGUCUUGAUUACUUUGUAGAUAAAUGAAAAUUGCAAAUAAGGGUCACACAUUACUCAACCCACAGGUCAUCAUGCAUGUCAUCAGUGCCUAACAUACUAGUCAUGCAAGAAAGCGAUAAUAAUGAUGCCUUGACAUGGCGUGAGUUUCAGCAUUUUGUAAGAUGCUGUUGUAUUUGUUUUUCAACAGCUUUUGUUUCAGCAUAUAUGGCUCUGAGAAAUGGGUUUGAAUAUGCAUAUUUUCUUUUGCUAUGGUUGUUGACUUGAUAAUUAUUUAUGCUUGGAAGCUGCAUUUGCCAAGCAUUUGAUAUGGAACCUGAAAACAUUAAAAAGCAUGUAUUAGCAGACUUCCUGUCAUUAUACAAGCUAGCUUUUAAAGUAAAGUUGCUCAAAUAUUUUCUUGCUUUCUUAUUACCGAUUUCAUUCGGCUUGAAUAUUCGGAAUAAAACACUAAAAGAGUGAAGUCGUUGACAAUUUCCUGUGCAAACUGGUGCCCUACGUACUGCCUUCACAAUGCUUCACUUGUCUUUUACUUUGCAGGAUGCCAUUAUUUUUUUUCCUUAAGAAGUUGAAACCCAGAAAAGUAAUACUCUCAUCCCCGCCACAAAGCCUCCGAAGCUACUUGGCAGUGUGAAACAGCACACCUUUUAAUAACUUUUACUGAUGAUAAUUGUUGUACUACCCUUCAUCAAACACAGAUAAGAAACAAUAUUUCAUUUUUAUGAUGAAAAGCCUAAGCUUCACUGUAAAAAGUUUGACCAUGGGGAACUCUCUCGCUCUAGUUCAUCUGAAUAUUGGUAGUCCUACACAUGUAUGCAGUUUUCUUUGUAAGCUGUUAGACUCAAGGCAACUUUUCUGGUGUUCUUUCCAUUUGUUUUUUUUUUUGCCUCUAUAAUUGUGUAAGAAAAAAGUAUACUAAGCUUGUGGUGGUUGUUCAAAAGUCGGACCUAUGCUUUAGCAUGCAGGCAAACUGGCCCUUUGAACUCUGCUAUAUGGCACAUCACCACAAUUUGGCCACACAAUUUUCUGCAUAUUUUUGGCUUAAUUCACAUAUCUUGUUGCAGUAUCUGUCUGCCAAUUUACUUUCUAAUGGGAACAGAUGGUGUAAGGCAUGUAAAAAAAGGAGGCUGCAACCUUUUACAUUAUCUGGUAUAUUCACAUGUGUAUGCACUGUGUUUGCCCUUGAGUUUGCACCUCCUGACAGUUUGCCUGAAUUAUGAAGGAAGAAAGAUCCAUUUUUGCAUUUGAUAAGUUAAGAAAGCAUGUAGAUGCAACCACUCUAGGGCCUUGCAGUUUUCCAUAAAGUGCGUGUUGCUUACUACCAGAAAAUAUGCAUAAUAUACUGUAAAGUGAUUUUGCAUAUGUGGAUGAAAUGUAAUGUCGUAAUUACAUUGUUGUAAAUUGUGGCCAAGUUUCACUUGUAAAGAUGCCAUAUCAAUGACCUUUACAGCACAUUAAUUAAACAUCUAUUUCAGUCUUGCAAUUGCAACAGCCAUAGCUGAUUUAACAUGGACGCAGGUAUUUGCAAUUGCUACCCAGCUUUGCACGCAGGGGCCUAAACGGCCUCGGUUUGUUUGUUGCAUUGAUGGAAUUUUUGUAAUGUCGGUGUUUUCAGAGUUGUCACACUUUACUCAUUUGAUGUUGUACAGGGCAGGAAUGAGAAGUUUGAAGCUGAAUAUAUAUUGCAAUGUUCUAUUUAAUUCUAUUUUUAAGGCACAUUACAAUGACCAAAGCAGAGUAUAGACUAUUUUAUUUCUGUACAUAUAUAGUAUUGUAAAAUACAGCAACAAUAAAAUUAUUGUUUCUAUGAAAA